GGCUGGUGACGUUGCACAAUAACAAAGUAGGCAGUGAGGGAGGAGUGAAGUAUGUUUAUAUUUUGUGAUUGAUGGCGACAUGGAUGCGAGUUCUGUCUCUAUGGCAGGCAAUGAUCAUAAUUUCUUGAAACAUCCAGGCAAAAGAUAUUGCCAACCCGAAAGGUCAAAGACGUUAUUUGAAGAGAUCCGAGCAUCUGUUACAAAUAAUUCAAAUGAAGAUAGAUCCUUCUGGAGACCUGUUCUUCCAUCGGGUGGAGUGUAUACCAUUAAAGCUGGAAGAAAGGCAAUGGCCUGCACUCCAUUGUAUGUUAGGAUAAGCCUAAAAAACACUUGCAGCAUUGAUGGGUUUUUGAUGUUGCUGUAUGUAAUUCUCAGUGAAAAUGAGAAUUUUUGUCGAGAAUUAUCAAGCUACUUGGGAAAGGAAUUUGUUGAGCGUUUUCUGUAUUUGAUGGACUCUUGUAAAUUCACAACUGUCAAGUUGUUGUGGAUUUGGGAUAAAAUGGAAAAAUGUCAAUACAGAUCAGAAGUCCACAAAGCUUCAUUAGAAAUUGAUCUUUUUGGAAAUGAACAUGAAAACUUCACAAGAAAUCUGGAGAAUCUUAUGUCUACAAUCCAGGAAACAUUUUGUUCCAAUAGGAAAUGUCCUGCACGUGCACAGGAAGAUCACCGCAAGACAAUUAUUAUCUUACCUUCACAUGAUUCUCUCCUGGGAGAUGUUAUUCAAGCAGCAGUUGAUGAAUUGUUCUGUCCCAGGACUCAGCUAUGCGAAGAACUUGGGUGUAAUGGUCAGCGUGUGUUCACACAGAGAAUCUUUUGCCAUGAUGCACCUCCAUUUGUCAUUCUAAAUAUGGAGCAAUGGAAAUCUGAGGAAUUGGCCUAUGUCCCGUAUAAUUUAGCUUUAGCAAAACAAAGAUACACACUGGAGGGGGCAACACUUUUCAACAAGGAAGAACACCAUUAUUCUGCUGCUUUUAUGAUUGAUGGUAAUUGGAUGCAUUAUGAUGGGCUUAGAACUGAGAACUUGGUCUUUUUAAAUAAACCUCCAGAGCUGUUGCUCUUGUCCUCCCUUGUCUAUAUUCGAGAUAGAAGUGAUUAAAAGCACCUUGUUUUUCAGAAAACGUGACAUAUGUACAAUACAACACAAGUCAUUCUAUCAUUUUACGACUGUGGGGAGAAAAUUAAACCAACUUGGCAUCCAAGAAAAAUGGACUAUAAAGUUCUGAUUUAUUAACCAAAACAUUUAUAACUGAAGGCACAAGGAACUAGCUUAGUUAACUUAAACUAUGCAAAUAUGUACAAAAGACACUUUCAAAUGUAUCUUUAAUACUUAAUGUUUAAUAUUUUAUACAUAAUUGUAUAUUGGAAUAAAGUAUCUGUUUUAGUGACAUUUUAAUGGUACAUAAUCAUGUAAAAAAUGUGUAAAAUUGCAAAAAGCCAUUGCUUAUUGUUGGUUUUCUAGUGAAAAUGUAGUACAAUACCAGAUAAGUCACUGAAAACAGUAACUGGAGAAAAAUUGGCUUCUUUAAAAAUAAUUGACUGCUAGAUAAAAUAAUAAAACUAUUUUAAAUGAUAAGGUGACUGGCACUAUCAACAUAUCAGUACAAGGAGAAAAUUGAAUUUGAUGCGACAUAAAAUGUUAAGAUAUUUGAAACAAAAGCAAAUUCUAAAAAGAAUUUGAAGUAAAAGAUAAUGGUCAAAACUGAAGUCUCAAAUCAAUGUGUUGAAGCCAUUUAUAGCUGAACUAUUAGUCUUGGUGUGUUACCUUCUUUUCCUCAAGUUUAAACACCAGGAUUUAUUUCUUUGUCAUAAAUCCAGAAAACAGUUGAGGUAAAAUGAUCUGUUUGGUUCAUUAUUAAUGUUAAAAUUACUUAUAAACAUUAACACAACAGAAUCAGAAUAAGAUAAUUCAAAAAUUUAGUAAUGACUUGUAAAUGCAGAAAUACAGUGUGCUGUAUCUACGAUUCAGAACUUCACCUUUCCUUGAAAAAGGUGGAGAUUUAGGUAAAACUCUAAAUCUCUACGCAUUGACAAUUUUCUGGCCCUUGUUUAGAGGCCAUGUUACAUCAUUCUCUGUGUUUCCAGGAUCAGGAGGCACAUGAAUAACCCCAUUGCUAACUUGCAAAGUUUCCCCACAGUGAAGAGAUCAGUAAAGCUUCCAUUAUUCAGUAUUGCUGGAUUGACUGGUAAUGUGACCAUACCUGUUCACGUUUUGGUUUGGCAGGAUUAAACAGAUAAAUUGCUGUGGUCACAGUCUAAGGGCUGACCACAUCUUUUGUUGUGGGAAUAAACACUGGCAUUGAAUUGUUCGGGUAAAUAGGCAAGGUCUUUUCCUCAAGGUGGGUGAGUCCAAAACUAGAGGGCAUAGAUUUAAGGAGAGAGGAGAAAGUUAUAAAAGGGUCCUAAGGGGCAACUGUUUUUUUUAAAACACAGAAGGUGAUGCAUAUAUGGAAUGAGCUGCCAGAGGGAAGUGGUGGAGGCUGGAUGGGUAUAUGAAUAGGAAGGGUUUAAGAGGGAUAUGGGACAAAUGCUGGUAAAUGAGGCUAGAUUUAUUUAGGUUAUCUGGUCGGCAUAGAUGAGUUGGAUCGAAGGGUCUAUUUCCGUGCUCUGUAUCUCUGACUCUAUGAACAGCUGAGAGCUAUGGCAGUCUUUGAGAGAUACUGGGCAGUAUUUAGUUUUAAAAGCCAGAUAAUUGUUGGAUGAAAGACAGUUCUAAUAUUGCAGCUAUAUUUGAUGUAAGGCUGGCCAGGAAUCAGGACAUUAGGGAUGGACCUGACGUGAGAAAACUUUUGGAGUCAUAAGGUUGAAAAAUAAAUAAAGAAUUAACUUUCUACAGCC